AUGCCUUCAAGCGAAUUUUUCGGCUACACGCUCACCAACCUUGGUCCCCUAACCACGACGUUUACGGCCCCAUCGGCAUGUGCGACUAAAAGUGAUAACUUGGUGUGGUAUUCGCGCUAUGACGCGACCCUGACGGCUGGAAUAGGAAGAGACAGGUAUCUUGGCAAGGAAUCAUGCGGCAACGGAUCGACACGCGAUGAUUGUAUCCCGUCCGGCGAGGCUAUCCACAAAAUGGUAUCGGCAUCUCCAUCGGCCAGUAACAUUUGGUAUCACUCACCAGGAAUCUCCUGUCCCAGUGGUUGGACAACCGCCGGCACUCUAAAAGGCGGCGCAGAACCGACAGGCUCUGGUAUAUUCGUUCAAGAGGCAAUCAAAAUGUGGACAAACGAGAGUGCUUACCAGGUCAUCCUCCUUCCCCAACUGUUCGCAAAUGCGCUGGACACCGAUGAAAUAAUGGCCAUGUGCUGCCCAAGUGGCUGGGUAGCCGAACCUCUUGGUGGAUCAUGCUCAUCCUCAAUCGGCAAUCUCGGUUCAGUGUCGAAAUCGACAGCUUGUAAUGUGUACUGGACCGGCUUGGAUGUUGACGAUGUGUAUGUGACAUCGUAUGCUGGCAAGACGUGGGAUCCGCCUCUCAGAUCACAGGACCCCAUCACCGAAGAAGCCAUCACCUCCACGAGGACUUUAGCCAAUACUGGAACCGGGACAUUUUACAACGCAGAUAAUGUUUACUUGGCCACGCAAACAGGAGGCGUAAUCAUGGUCUAUAAAGAGGCCGAACUCAACGCAUCAAAGGGUGACGAUGGGAAAGGGGCGGGAGCUGUAACAAAAGUCGGGAUUGUCUUGCCAAUGCUUUCUGUAGCGCUCUCUCUUUUCUUGGGUUCAGGACUCGCGCUAUGA